AUGGCAUCAAUCAAUAAUUCAGCGUCGGGUUCCGACAACAUUAAUCAAUGCAAUACAAACAACGCAUCCGAACCAAUGGAUAUAAGUAACACUAUGGCGUCUUCAAUCCGAAAGGAACAACUGGCAAAUCGACUUCCAAUAAUAACACCAACUCCAAGUGUGCCAUCACCAAGAACACCAAGAGCAAUACCAAGAGAUCCCGAUCCAAAACGGCGAUGUCUAGAAGUUACGUUCAAAUUAUCAGACUCAGGAUUAUCUAAUUCGUUACCCAACAUUUCACUAUUAUCGAAAUGUGUCAAGAAUAUGUCGAUCGAAAAUGAAUCUGAUCAGAAAUAA